AUGAGCAGUCAGUGUGUUAUCUCCUUAAUUGUCGGGUUCUUGGCUUUAUCUAAAGCGACCAUUAUUUCUCAGAAAUAUACCACAAAAGUUGUAUUUAAUGAUAAGAAAUCAAAUGAUGAACUUGUCGGGGAAUAUAACGCUCAUUCUUUGACCGAGUGCGCCGCGAUGUGUCAAAGGGAGUGCGUUUUCUUUGGAUUCAACAGUCAAAUGAAGAAAUGUCGUACCCACAAGAAACUAUUCACGUGUGAGCUGUCUGAUGAGGCCGGUUGGAGAUACUACUUUCAUUACGAUUGUGUUUUUUCUGCCAUGCCCAAAGAUUGUAACGAACUUUAUGAAGAUGGAAAAACCAGUACAGGGGUGUAUGAUAUAUACCCCUAUGGGACCAUUACCAGUCCUGUCCGUGUCUACUGCGAUAUGAGGACAAUGGGCGGGGGAUGGACGGCCAUUCAGAAACGCGUAGACGGCUCGGUGAGCUUUGACAGGAACUGGAUGGAAUAUAAAAUUGGAUUUGGUUCACCAGGACAGAAUGUAUGGGUUGGAAAUGAUGUAAUCCACCAGUUAACAAAAGAAUGCAUCUCCUCCCUUUAUGUGUCCAUCACUCUCCAGAAUGGCACAACACUCUAUGAAAUGUACGACGGAUUCUCAGUCUCCAACGAAGCUGGAAAAUAUCAACUUUUUCUUACAGGACCUGCCACGGGGACCUUAGGUAACUCUAUGUUAGAUACAGGUUAUUCUUGGCGUGAUCUGUCUGGGAUGGCAUUCUCCACCCCGGACAGAGAUAACGACAGGUCUAGUUUUGCUAACUGUGCUGCUAACUACAUAGGAGGCUGGUGGUUUAACGCCUGUACCUACACAUUCCUUAACGGUCCCUGGUCCCCGGGAUCCUGGGAUAAACCAUGGUAUCCCACAGUAAGGAAUGGGACGUCAGUGAAGGGCACCACCAUGAUGAUCAGACGGAACUAG